AUGGACAUUAAAUGGGGAUCAUUUAAAGAAGAAACUUUGUCAGAUGACAAAGAUAAACUUUAUAAACUAUUCUCUCAACUUUUGGAAGUCAAAAACAAAGACGAAAUCGAUUCAGCUUACUUCAUUAAAUUCUGCCAAAUCCAUCCAAGUGAUAAUAAUUCCAUUGAAAACUUUGAUCAAGCUUUCGAAAAAAUAAAUUUUGAAACAAUUUUUGCUAACAGAGGCAUAAGUCCUAAUCAAUCUUCUCGCCAAAUACCAAUCAAUAAAGAUCAAAACAUAUACAAAAGUGCAAGCGAUCUGGCAUACGUGAUAAGAACCCAUUUAAAUGACCGUAAGGAAUGUACAGAUGACGGUAGUGAAUCACAAUACUUCAGAUGGCUGACAGAACCCCAAUCAUACAAAUUUGAGUUCAAAGAUAAAACAGAUAAAACAGAAAUUCUUGUAACGUGCAACAACGAUGAUAAACCUUUCCCGAUACUCAAAGCUCCGGAAGGUAUCUUAGAAGCAAAGAUCAUGUCUAUUACCUUAUCUGAUAAAGGUACAACGACUCUACUUAUUGACGAACCAGGAAGGGGAAUGCACCCGUCCAUGGUUGACUGUUUGAGAGAUUUAGUCUUGUAUGAUGUCAACAAAACCCAAAAGAAGACUGUUAUAUUUACAACACACAACCAAAGAUUUAUUUGCCCCUCGACAUUUGAGAAAAUAUUUUAUUUCAAAUCUAGUAAAAGCGGAUCUGAAGUAAUAAGUCUAGGGAAUGAACUUAGCAACAAAAAACUGAAGAGUAAGGAAUAUUUAUGUUGUGAUCAGGUUAGUCCCCUUUUUUUCUCGAAACGGGUAAUUAUUGUCGAAGGGCCUGACGACAUACGAUUCUUAGGCACUCUAAAAAAUAUUCUGUUAACAGAUGAGUCAAGAAGAAGGUUAGUUUGUGGUGGAAAUAGUGAAUCUGAACAUACAUUGAGAAAGUUCUUAACGUCUUUGCAUAUUAUCUCUGUGGGCGGUACCGGUAAUGUAAAGGAGAUAGAGCCUCUUUGCUCGGCUCUCAAACUCACUGAUAGACAACUGCGGUACUACCUGUUUGAUAGCGAUGCUCUAUUAACAAUAAAAGCCUUAAUAAAUCUAGAUAAGAAAGAUAUUGAAGACCCUAGUCUAGAAAAAAUCGAAAAUAAUGAUAUCUUUGUUUGGUUCGCUUACGUCAAAGCAAUUGUAGAUAAGUUUGACGAACUAUGUUCUAAUGAUGAUUCAAAAAAGGAUGGCAGAACAGAUGAGCUAAAAAAGAAACGCAAACUGGAUGAGGAAAGCAGAAUAGAGAAGUUAAAAAAGGAGCUAAAAAAGUAUGGCAGAAUAGAAGAAGCUUUAAACAGUUUUUACAAAGUCCACGAUGACAAACAUCAUGGACCCAACAAAGAGUGUAUAAUAAAUAAAUGUACUGGCAUGGAAACAUUUUUGAAGUCAAAACAUUUAGAUAUAACAAAAAGUAAAAUUUGGAACUCAAAUGAUAUUUCUGAUAUAGAUAUACGAGAAAUCGUUAAACGAAUAGUAGAUGUUAGCAUGACAUAUGGGGAUGAUUGUCAAUACAUGGAAACGGUUUUCAAGUGCCCUUUCAAGCGUCUAUUGCAGUUCCUUGUAAAACAUGCAGAAAAAUCUUACCAAUAGAAAUGUAAACAAAACUUUUAACAUUCGACAAAUGUGAAAUACUGAUGUCCGUGCAUACGACGUGUGUUUCUCCAAUAACUUGAUCAUGUUCUAUCAAAACUUUAAGUUUUACAAAGAAAAUUAUACAAAACGUUUCAGGGUAUGACAACCCAAAAGGCCUACAAAGAAAAUUCCUGACGUGGUAAAGGCAUCUCUUUAUGUACAAAAUGGUGGAUUAAACCUGUUUUUAAAGCUAGCUAAACCUUUCACUAGUAUAACAGUCGCAUAAAAUUCCAUUAGAUUGACAACAAUGUGUGAGCAAAAUAAAAAUAAAAUGAGUCAGUAAAAUUCAGCAAAUUUCCAACUUUCUACUUGGUGAAUGAUACUCUAAGAUGCAGUCACUGACUAUUUAAAACAAAAUAGUCUAGUUAAUAACGGUACCAAAUGUUUAAGUUCAAGAAAAUUGAUGUUAACAUCACCUAUAUAUCUUAAAUUCUCAAUUUCAGUCUUGCUUAUUUCCACUUGAAUAUUUAAAGAGUUAUAUUCUAAGGGAACGAUAAGUGUGUUUUUCCUUCCUUUUUUUUUGAAACAAGUAGAAACUCCCGGUGAAUACAUUUACCCUAUUUUCCGUCGGUCUUUGAAUACAAAUGAGUGUAAAUUAAUAUAAAUGAUAUAUAAGGCUGGAUGAAAUUUUGAUUUCAAUUGAUGAAGCAAGCGAGCAUUCAAUUAGUAUGUUAAUGUAUACGAAGUUCAACGUUUGCCAAUAUGCUUAAAAUGUACAUCUGAUUGUCUUAAAUCUUAAGAUUAUUGCGAUUAUGAAAUUCACAGUUAUCCGUGCAAAACACAGCUGACGUUUUGCCUUUUAUUUUUUUUUUUGUAAGAUCAUUGAAUUGAACAGAAAAAAACUUACUACUUAUUACUAUAUCUCAGCCUUUUUAAAUCUUAUAUUUUACAAAAUAUUUGCAUGCAUUGAAAAAAUGUUUGACAGACAAAUAUGUUAGGUUAUAAAAUAGUUUAGGUUGGCGAAAUGUAUGGGUACGCUAUCUUUUACUAGCGUUGGAAAUGUAUGUGAAACAAGAACUUUACACAAGGCUACACUUUCAUUCCAUUAGUCUGUAACAUAUGAUAACUAUUUUAAAACUCAUCAUAGAAAAACAUUGGGUGUUCUUAAACAUGUUAAAUAACAACCUUACUUAGAUUAAAUUGUGAGAUAAAUACGUAGGUUUAUGAGGUCGUGCAAAUUCCCGUUUUUUCUUUUUCUUUUUGUCUUCGGUGUAUUUUUUCUCUUCUUCUUGUUUUCGGUGUAUUUUUUUAGUAAACUAUUGAAUAUUUCAACUUAUGAUGAAAAUUAGCAACUGCAAAAGCAGAUGAUAUAUUUAGUAUAAAAACAGGGAGCAGUUUUAAAAGUAUCUUGAGCAAAUACUAGAAAAUUGGAGAAGUUGAUUGUUUGUUUGUUUGAAUAUUUAUUUAUUGUUUGUUAAUUUAUUUAUUUGUUUACUUGUUUGUUUGAAUGUUUAUAUGUUUUUUUGUUUUAUAAUGAACAUUUGAAUUUAACAGCAUACGAUGCUGCUAGUUCUAUUUAAUAUAUUGACAUAUUGAUAACAAGAUUUGAAUAAUUAAAAUUUAGCAAUAGUUUAAAGUACAUUGUACAUAAUUGUAAUUUUACAUCUAAAUGUAUUCGAUAUAUAAAAGGAGAAGGUACGAUUUGUGGUCAAAUUUGUACUAAAACGAAUUAUAUUUCAAGUUUGGUCACUUAAAUUCGAAAAUAAAAAGGACAUAUUCAUAUCAUUCAAUAUUUCAAUAUGGUCAAUUAAUACGACCAACAUGUACCUUCUCUUUUACAACUCUUUGUAAAUUUUCAAUUGCUUAAUGAAAAAAUUUGCGAUAUUGAUAAAUAUAUUGUAAUCUUAAACGUGAUCAAUAAAUUACAAAUGUAUUGUUAGAUUUCUUUCUCCUAUCUGAUAAUGCUGAAAAUACAAAAUAAAAUCAAAAGUUCAAAACAUGAAUUAUUCUGGACAUUAAGCACGGGCAUUGUCACGCGGAACCCCAUUUUUUUAAGUCUGUUUUGAAACAAAGCAGUCUCGAAAUUAAUUGAUGCUCAAAUAUCAUCUGUAAUAUGCCUUUGUCUAAUUUGGUAAUGUGGACAUAACAAAAAGAUACAAACAGUCA